AUGACUGCGCUGGAGAAGAGCGGCAUAGUCGAAGUCUGGGCCCUGGACCAACAGUUGUACGUGGGAGACGCGAUUUUGUCGGUGAAUGGAGAAGAUUUGAAGGAUGCGACGCAUGAUGACGCGGUUGGGGCAUUGAAACGUGCCGGAAAAGUUGUAGAACUUGAAGUCAAGUACUUGAAAGAAGUGACGCCGUUUUUCAAGAAAACGUCGCUUUUGCGAGAAAUCGGCUGGGAACUGCAGCGCGGAUUUCUCGGCAUGGAUUUAUCGUCUCCAACAAAGUCUUCGUUGCAUCCAUCUUUGGCUGGGAUGAGAAGUGUCCCACUCAUGUUGAGCUUCCUCGCUCGGAAUCUGAAGAAACCUGAUCCAGAAAACCGGACAGUUGAAGUUCAUUCGCCGGAUGGGCUGCGUUGUUGCAUACUGCGAGCGUCAUCUCCGCAAGAAGCGUCUUCUUGGUUCAACGCCAUUCAUGCUGCGCAAAGCGUUCUCGUUAAUCGCGCAUUAGCUGAAGUGAAUAAUUGCGAACCGCUUGAUAAACUCAUGCUUCGAGGGGAUGAAGUCAGGUCCAUGGGGUGGCUUUGUCGUCGAGCAGAAGAUCCAGAACGGUGUUGA